AUGAAAAUGAGCGGUUUUCAGGUAUCCGACUACAAAAAAAACAGCUUCGUCCGAAUCCCGCAUCGCUGUAUGGAGAAACCCUGGCCCAAUUGCAAUGCCGUUGCUCACGUCAAUAGUACCGAGAUCGACAUGGGCCGCCUGGACCUCGACAAUCUGCGCAAUAUCGAGUGGGAAUGCAAGGACGGGAAGAAGUAUCCGCAGCUUCUCCGC